CCAAACAGAGCGAUGAAAUCUCAAUUCAAUUGUCAAUUUGCUGUCAAACAAAGGAAAGAAGGUAGUUUAUCGGUUUUGGAUCCGAAACUGUCUUGCAUUAUUAUAAUUGUUGUGUAUGAAACCUUUUACUCAUCUAUUAAAAAUGCAAAACAAAUUCAUUGAUAUUGGUGCCAACCUGACCGACUCCAUGUUCCAAGGAAUCUAUGGAAGCUCAAAAAAACAUGAAGCAGAUCUGGAUAUUGUACUGAAGCGUUCAUGGGAACAAGGAUUAAAGAAAAUCAUUAUAACCGUGGGAACUCUAACUGAAGCUGACGCUGCUCUUGAAUUGGCUAAUAAAGAUGAUCGGCUUUAUACAACGAUUGGAUGUCAUCCAACACGCUGCAAUGAGUUUGUAUCAAACCCACAGGAUUAUUAUGUUGGUUUGUGCACAAAAAUCAAAGAAAAUCCCUCAAAAGUAAUUGCUGUGGGAGAAUGUGGCUUAGACUAUGAUCGUUUACACUUCUGUGAAAAAGAAAUACAGAAGCAAUAUUUUGAAAAACAACUAAGCAUUGCAAAAGACUACCAGCUUCCACUUUUUUUACACUGUCGGAAUUCCUUUGAUGACUUCAUGGAAAUUAUUGAAAGAAAUAAAGAUAAAGUUUUACCAAAUGGAGGAGUGGUCCACAGUUUUGAUGGAACACUUGACCAAGCAAAGCGCAUUUUAGAUUACGGAUUUUAUAUUGGGAUAAAUGGAUGUUCUUUGAAGACGCAGCAGAACUUAGAAACAGUUAGAGAAAUACCUAACGAUAGAAUAAUGAUUGAAACAGACAGUCCGUGGUGUGGUAUACGACCGAGUCACGCCGGUUUCAAAUUGAUCAAUACACAUUUUCCUGUCGUUAAAAAAAAAGAAAAAUGGAGUCCGUCAACUUUAAUCGAUUCCCGAAAUGAACCAUGUCAAAUAAUACAAGUAAUGGAAAUUAUUGCCGCAAUAAAAGGAGAGCAGGUGGAACCUCUAUCAAGCACUUUUUAUAACAAUACUAUGGAAUUAUUUUUUAAAAACAACAGAUAAUACAGUUUAAAGCGUCAAAUAAAAUGUUUGAUUCCUCAUUAAAAGCUCGUUUUAUGUAUGCGAAGAAAAAAAGUCGUCUAGAUAUGCCACGAAAACAGAAGAGCUUGUAACAUUUGAACUUAUUAUUUGACGAUCAAUAAUACCUGUCGCUUAUUUUUUGGAGAUAGUUAAAUAUACCGAAUAUAUAAUUUGCA